AUGUCUCAUCCCGAAGAUCCCACUUCCUCGCCAACGCGGAGGCGAGCCGUGGAAGAUUAUUACUGCGACCACGAUGCCAACUAUCCUUGUCCACCGCCGCCAUACGCGCCAGGUGCUGAAGCUGUAACAAAGACACCAGGUGUAGAUGCAUCUCACCCCGCGAAAACACCACCGCUGCAAAUCCGUAACAUAGUGCCCGACACAAGAUCACAGACACAAUUUUCCCUACAGACCGACUCUCCACCACAAUAUCAGUCUCGCCCUCCGCCUCCAUACGGAAUUGUCACCAACAGCCAACGCACCUUAGUCGAAGGAAUGUGCAGGAACAAAGAAGUCUUGAAGCUUAAGAAGCAACAAGCGAAGCAAGCCAGGGAAGUGAGAAUGGAAACCCAAGCUCAAAGCGCUCAAAUCGAGGCAAUGCGCAAGAACAGGGCAGGAACAGAAACCUGGAAGCUUAGAGAGGCAAUAGAGUGGGAAGACGAGAAACGGAGAAUAGAUGCUGAAGCUCGAAGAGCAAGUGUCGAAGCAGCACGACAAGAACGUAGGCGAGGGGACAGAAUCCAGUAG